CGAAGCGGCGUCACAGAUGAAGGAUGGGUCUCAAAGUGCAAUAUUUGCUCAGCGUCCUGUUGGCAUCUGCACGGCUGCUUCUCACCUUACCGCUGGAUGCCAUCAGAUGGCGGCAAAAAAGUAAUUGGUGUCAAGGAAACGGAGAGGAACGUCUUGUCGGUUCAGCGUGCAGCUCUCCGGCCGAGCUGUAAGAUGUGCCCUGCAGGUCAGUACCAGAAAUCUUGCGAGCAGUGCGCGCCGUGUCCCGCCGGGACCUACACCACCGUUCGGAACGAUGAGCAUAGCUGCCAUCGUUGCUACGGCGACUGCAGGCCUGAAUUCAAUCAGAGGGUGCUGGCGAACUGCAGCAGCACGUCGAACCUCAAGUGCACAUGCCAAGACGGCUUCCGCUGCACGGGUGUGGUGACGUAUUCUGACAACUGCAAAAACUGUGUCGCAACCACAACAGUGACAUGGACAACAAUGAGGACAAAAACAACAACAGCGCCAAAUGAAGAAGAAAAUUCUCCUUCCAGCUCACCUUCAGGAGACGGCAGCCACUCCGCCAGCUCAUUUCACAAAGAUGACGGUCUGCCUGGAAACAGCUCGCACACUAACAAAGAGGACCGUGGGGGACCUUGGUUGGUGAACAUUGUCCUCCCCAUGGUUGUCGUGGUAACCGUGGCCCUCGUGAUCCUGCUCUGCAACCGCCGCUCAGGAGAGGGAACGUAUUUGAAACAAGCAGUCAUCAAAUUGUGCAACAAGAGUGCUCCCAAUGAUGCUGGCCAGGAGAAGGAGUCAACUCAGCCUUUCCCCAUCGGCCCUUGUGGUGCUGUGCACGUCCACAACGCAGGGACGGUCAUUGUCAGCUGGCUGAGUCAAUUUACCGGUCCAGUGGGACCCGUGAUAGAAAAGAAGGACGACAACAACGAGGAGGAGACCGAAGACGCUCCUCCUCCCGUCUCACCCAGUGUGCCCCUCUCUGAGGAGGAGGGAACCAGCGAGGCCAUCUUCUUCCCCUCUCAGGAGGAAGGCAAAGACUGGCACGUAUCCAAAGAAGAAGCAGAAGCUUGAAGCAUGGACCUCAGAACACCUCACCAGAGCGGGACAUUUCUUCUGUAUGUUUAGCAAACGCCGGGAAGAGCCACUGUCUGCUAGGAAAGUGAGAAGAAAGGAAGGCAGGGGCAUCCAGAGUGACAUGAAAAGACAAGGAUGUACCAAUUUAGGCUGGACCCGCCCCUCAUAAUUAGCGGAGCACAGCGACUAGUAAUUCACACAAGUGUUCUUUGAAGGAAUGUGAUCCCAUCGGCGGUUAAUUGUUAUGAUGUAGUGUUUGCUAAACGUCAGGUUGUCUUCUCGCUCCUCGAUUGCUGCCUGGUUUGUCUGAACAGGAAGAGAGAGAGAUGAUUACAAGUCAUAAAGUGGCCUAUUAAAAACUUAAUUUAAUAGUAGUAAUAAUAAUCGUGACAUAUUUGGAACUAUCAGAAAAAAAUGGUGCCACUAGCUUUAAAUUUAUUUCGUUUGCGUUUGUUUUGUAAACGUGAGAUGUAGUUUUAAUAGUCAUUGUUUUUGAAAGAAUUUUUAUUUUUAAUUUCAUGUUUUUUUCUUCAUUUUAGUUCAUUGGUCUUCAUUCAAAUAUUCCUGAACAGUGUGAAAUAGUGUAUGCUUUAAAAACACCAAUCAGCAUUUACUUUUGUUCCGGUGCUAAUCUUUCUUUAGCUUUUUGUUUUUGUGUCUUCACGAUGCUUUUCAUUUGAUGACAGGACAGAUGUUAAAGUCCAAAAGUGGCUGAAAUGCAAAGCUCUAUUGACUCAGGUCAGCAAACAGUGCUUAGCGCUUCCAAAAUGAAGCAAUAUUUAGAUGGUUGGAUGAAAUCAGGGAAUACAUUAUCAAGUGAGCUUUGCUGUUUUUAUACCGUUUUUGUGGUUGGGUUUGGCAUCAGGAUUACACAAAACUUGCAAUACUAUUUGAGAAGUUUUAGGCCAUAUAAAAGUGACAUUUUCUAACUA